GUCAUCUAUCAUCGAACGGCAACACUAAUUUAUUUCAGCCAUCUUAACCUAACUUUUUCAAGUUUAAUUUUUCUCAAAUUCGAAUAAUAACUCUCUUUUUGGGUGAAUUUUGGCCCCAAAAACGAUGGCCACAGCAGCGCCAGUUGAAAAUGUUGAAUUUUCUAGUUGGUUGAGUGAGAAAUUGCAAGAGUUUAACACCGAUGAAGAGGUUUUUGGCUCGUACAUUACGGGUAUUUUGGACAGCGACGAUCCAGAUGAGGAAAAAGCGGAGGCUUUGGAGGGUAUCCUGACUGAAAUUGUUGUGAAUGGCGACAUAUCGAAAAUCUCCACCGAAAUAUUAACCAAAUGGCAAAGUCUGAAACCCAAAGACGAGCCACCUCAGCGAGCCACCACCGAAGAAAUUAACGAAAAACUCGCCAAACUUCUGGAAUCUCAAUCGUUGGCCACCACCAAACAAAAACAAUACACCGACGAAGAGAAAAAAAUCAGAGAAGCUAUUUUAUCUCAGUACAGUCAGAUGACUGACUCAGAAGAGGAGGACGAAAACGGAGCCGUAGCUCCUGCUGAGCCUAAAGACAAUAAUCUAGAAAAAAACAUAAACGUACAACUCGUAGCCGAAGCCGAAAAACAAAAACGCGAACAAAAUCGGUUGGACAGUCAGAAGAAAAAAGAAAAAGACAAGGAGGAUAGAGAGAAACAAAAACAACUUAGAGAAGACAAGAAGGAGAAACGUAAAACUCAAAAAGGAGAAAGAAAAAGAUAGCAAGUAAUCACUUAAUUAAUGAAUACAUUUUAUUUAAUAAAAACAAGUGUUUAUAUUGGCGGCAAUUGCUCAACAGGAUCAACUCUAAGAAUCUUGUCAGCCAAAAUUAUUUUGUUGAUAGACUCGUGCAAACUUCUGCCUUCUUCUCCUCCAAAUUUUGAAACUUUAAAGGCAGUUUGCAAGAUGUUUUUGCUUGCUCUUGGUAAAUAAUUUGGAAAAACUAUAUUAAAUUUUAAAAUAAGAUCACCUUUUUCCCGAUAGUUUUCUAGAAUCGGUAGACCUUCGUUUUCGAUUAUUUUUUCAUAAGCAGGACUGGAAGAUUUGUAAUAAUUUUGAUUUAAAAUUCAAAAAAAUUAUUUACCAACCAAAUUACAUCAGUUAUUGGUACUCGAAUGGUUCUAUGAUCGAUUGUAUGUAUAGUAAUGAUGGUUCCAAUUAAGGCCUCUUCUAAACUUAUUGUGGAGGUACAAAUAAGGUUGUCGUUAUUUCUAAUGAAUGUAUCAUGAGGUCUGUCUUCGGUGACAAAAAUUACAUCAGCUUAAAAUUUGUUUUUUUGAUUAAGUACUUCAACAAAUUUUAAUUGUUACCAGGUAUAUGCGCAGCAUCCUGAUCUCCCUCAUUAGCAAAAACUAUUUCCGUUCCCGCUCUAAUUCCAGGUUUAAUUGGAAUGGUUAAAAUUUUCUCUCGCACUUCGGUUACGUUUUUCUCCUCGUCUACAAACACCAAUCGGUGGAUUUUCAUUUUUUUUACUCCACCGAAAAAAACUUCGUGCAACGUCAAGUGUAAAGGGUGUCUUAUUGGGGAUUGUUUGGUGCAAAUUUUAAUGCCGCUCAGUGCUUUGCACAGCUUCGGAGGAUCUUUUAGAACGUCUAAAAGAUCAGCGUAGGG